CAGUUUCUCAACUAAAACAGGGCUGAGAACUUAUUUAGAAUUAUAUUACAGACAAGUGACAAUAUACUACAAAAGAUAUGAACGAAACAAACAUCAGAACACAAAGCAAUGAGUUAUUUACAGAACAUUCUGAUACAAAUAUGGAAACGGAUAGAUUCACUUUUGAAGAUCCUUUGUUUUUGGAGCCCGCCGUAAUGUUCUACAAUGGAGAAACCACGAAAGUAAGUGAAGAACCUCGGGUGUUUCGUAGAAGCCAACGGAUCAAGGACCAAAUGGAAAAAAAGAGGAUACAAUCCAUGAUGAAUGAUGUGGAGAAGGACCAAGAGCCACGUAAAUAUAAAUCCAAGAGAUCCACAAGACGUGUACCUUCGAGCAAUGGCAAGUGGAAAUAUGUAAAGUUGGCCUCAAAGUACUUUGAAUGCGCAAUCAUAAAUGGAAGGCUUUAUAGACUUAAAGAUCUAACGGAUGCCAUUAAAACGGGCAUUGCCUUACAGAAGCUGCAGCAAAAGUCGCCCAAAAAGAACUUGGGAAUUGCCAGAACUCGUCGACCAGGACGACCCAAGAAUAAGACGAAAAACCCAAUCGUUGUUGAUCCAGAAGAAGCUGAUAAGAAUACUACAGAAAUGAAAGAUCUAACCGAACCCAUAGAAAUGGACACUUCUUUACAAAGGCCGCAGCAAAAGUCGCCUAAAAAAAAAUUGGGAACUGCUAGACCUCGUAGACCAGGACGCCCCAAGAAAGAUACGAACAACUCUGUGGAUGUAGAUCCAGUAGAAGCUACUGAAAAUACUACAGAAAAGGCAGAAAGAUACCCCAAUUUAAAUAGAAAGCGUUAUGGACUAAAGAAUAAAUCGAAGGACAUGGAAUACAAACCUCCCAGUUCUUAUAGAUCAGGAAAAUCCAAUACGGAUCCUACGGAUAUGAACGAAAAACCGGAACUUCGUCGAUCUGAGCGCAUUAAAAAUCAAAAGGAGAGACUCAUGAUGAUGUCUAAGAAACCAGAUCUUGAGAAUAUAGAGAAUCGUAGUCCUCAAAGCAGUCGUUCAAAAAAACAGGAUUCAAAACUCGACAGCAUUUCCGGCGACAUGGAAGUGGGUAUUGCUAUUCGAAACAAGCAGCAGAAACAGCAGCGCAAAAAUGAUCGCCAAAAAUUGGGAACAGCUGGACCAAACCGAUUAGGAAAAUCUAAGAAUUCGAAAAAGUGUCAGUCUGCAGAUCCACAAGAUGUUGUUCCUCCAUUGAGAGUUGCACCGGUAGUUAAUUGGAAAAAAAUAGGAGUUCCCAAAGCUGUUCAAAAGCCCCAAAUAGUACUAAGAAGGAGUGCUCGAAUCCAAGAGGCCAAACGCAGAAAAGAGUUAUUGGAAAACAAUUUAAAGGGGGAUGAAGAAAAACCAAAGCCCAGAAAGGUGCCAAAACCUAGAAAGAAGCAACCUGAGAUCCUUGAACACCAGACCAAAAUUAUUUCCAAGUCAUUUCCAACUACGUACUUUGAGUGUGCCGAUAUAAACGGAAGACUUUAUAAACUGGCAGACCUUUCGGAAGAUAUGAAUGCAGGCAUGGCUUUCCAGAGGCAGCAGAAAAGAUCGCAGCUCCAAAAGAGUCGUAGAGUUUUGGGAACAAAAGAACCUUUACCCAAGGAUCUCAAGCGUCUUAAUCGUAAACAUAAAUAAAUGCAAGUCCAUAUACACCCACCUACUUAAUAUAUUAUAAUACAAAAUUGCUGUGAAAAACAUUUAUCUUUCAGAUUUGUAUGUGUAUCUAUAUCUUUGUCAAUGUAAUGUACAUUUAAUAUUUUCAAAUAUGAAU